AUGCUCACUCUUGUUCGUCGCUCUGGAACUUUUGCCCGGACUUCUGUCAUUCGCUGUGCAUCAUCUACCGUCUCUGUAACAUCAUCAUCAUCAUCAUCUUUACCUUCAAACCGUGGUAAUCUACAAGAUCUUCUUACUGGGAAUGCAACGGCACGUAAUGGUGUUGAAUACGUUGUCUCUCGUGUAGAUGAUUUGGUCAAUUGGGGUCGUAAAAGUUCAUUAUGGCCCAUGACUUUUGGAUUAGCGUGCUGUGCCGUUGAAAUGAUGCAUGCAGCUGGUUCACGUUAUGAUUUUGAACGUAUGGGAAUGGUCUUUCGUGCAUCACCUCGUCAGACUGACGUGAUGAUUGUUGCUGGCACAUUGACAAACAAGAUGGCACCUGCUCUUCGUCGUGUGUAUGAUCAAAUGCCUGAACCUCGUUACGUCGUGUCGAUGGGAAGUUGUGCCAAUGGGGGUGGCUACUAUCAUUAUUCGUACGCUGUCGUGCGUGGUGUUGAUCGGAUUGUUCCUGUGGACAUUUACGUGCCAGGAUGCCCACCGACAGCUGAGGCACUGCUGUUUGGACUCAUGCAGCUUCAGAAGAAGAUUAAGGGCAACAAGUCACUGUUACUCAAGUUGAGAAAGUAG